CAACCGAAAUCCGAAAGAGCUUCGCGCGAAACCAUCCGAGACCUCCAGAUUUCCAAGCCGCCUGCCGCCAUUCGCGCGACGGUUCCUUCCGCCGCCGCUCGGUCGUCUCUGUCUCUGCUGAAUCUUCCCUCCCUCGCCGAACUUUCCGCGGCUUCCCCGGGAUUCUUCUUCGCCCGGGAGCGGCGGCGCACGAGGGGAAAGAAAAGUGUCGAAUUUUUCUUUUUUUUCUUCUGUUUUCCUUUUUCUCCUCCGCGGGCGCCCUGUCGAGCUCUCUUCCGUUCAGAUUCUCCGGUCGCGGCCAGCGUCGUCUAUCUCCGGCCGUGGGAGCUUUCCUGGCUUGUUUGGGCGGCCAAAAUUAGCCAUUCCCCCCUGCAGUAAGUUAAGGCCGGCCGGGCUCGGCUAAACUUCGCGUCUUCUUCUCCGCGGCCGCGCGCGGGGGGGGGGGAGCGAGCGAGGGGAUUGGAUUCUUCUUCCGGCCGCCUCAGCCUGCCUGCCGGGGCCCGGAUUGGAGGAGGGCCGGCGGCAUGGGGCUCGGCGUGGUGGCGGAGCUGGUGCGGCUGGGCGUGCUGAGCUCGACCUCGGACCACUCGUCGGUGGUGUCCAUCAACCUGUUCGUCGCGCUGCUCUGCGCCUGCAUCGUCCUCGGCCAUCUCCUGGAGGAGAACCGCUGGGUCAACGAGUCCAUCACCGCGCUCAUCAUCGGGUUGUGCACCGGCGUGGUGAUCCUGCUGACCACCAAGGGGAAGAGCUCGCACAUCCUCGUCUUCAGCGAGGACUUCUUCUUCAUCUACCUCCUCCCUCCCAUCAUCUUCAAUGCCGGGUUCCAGGUGAAGAAGAAACAAUUCUUCCGGAAUUUCAUGACAAUCACAUUAUUUGGUGCUGUAGGGACAAUGAUAUCCUUCUUCACAAUCUCUCUCGGUGCAAUAGCGAUAUUCAGCAGAAUGAACAUUGGAACGUUAGAUGUCGGGGAUUUUCUCGCUAUUGGAGCUAUCUUUUCUGCAACAGAUUCUGUCUGCACACUGCAGGUCCUCCAUCAGGACGAGACGCCCCUUUUGUACAGUCUUGUGUUCGGUGAAGGAGUUGUGAACGAUGCCACGUCCGUUGUGCUCUUCAACGCACUCCAGAACUUUGAUCUUAACCACAUCGAUGUAACCGUUGUGCUGAACUUCUUGGGAAACUUCUGUUAUUUAUUCUUGUCAAGCACCUUACUUGGAGUGUUUUCUGGAUUGCUCAGUGCCUACAUAAUUAAGAAGUUAUAUAUAGGAAGGCAUUCCACUGACCGUGAGGUUGCACUUAUGAUGCUCAUGGCUUACCUCUCAUAUAUGUUGGCCGAGUUGCUAGAUCUGAGUGGUAUUCUUACUGUAUUCUUCUGCGGUAUUGUGAUGUCCCACUACACUUGGCAUAAUGUGACAGAGAGCUCAAGAGUUACAACCAAGCAUGCCUUUGCAACUUUGUCCUUCAUUGCUGAGACUUUUCUCUUCCUUUAUGUUGGGAUGGAUGCCCUCGAUAUUGAGAAGUGGGAAUUUGCCAGUGACAUCCCGGGCAAAUCCAUUGGCAUAAGCUCGAUUUUGUUAGGAUUGGUUCUGGUCGGGAGAGCUGCAUUUGUUUUCCCAUUGUCGUUUUUGUCCAACUUGACAAAGAAGUCUCCAUUGGAGAAAAUAACAUUGAGACAACAAGUUGUAAUAUGGUGGGCUGGACUGAUGAGAGGCGCCGUGUCCAUCGCUCUUGCUUACAACAAGUUCACAAGAUCUGGACACACUCAGCUGCACGGCAAUGCGAUAAUGAUCACCAGCACAAUCACUGUAGUCCUGUUUAGCACUAUGGUGUUUGGGAUGAUGACGAAGCCAUUGAUCCACCUACUGCUCCCUGCCUCGAGCAACACGGCCCACUCCGAGCCGUCGUCACCCAAGUCCCUGCACUCCCCUCUCCUGACGAGCAUGCAGGGCUCCGACCUCGAGGUGCCGUCUGCGCAGAUUGUCAGGCCGUCCAGCCUCCGGAUGCUCCUCAGCAAGCCGACCCACACGGUGCACUACUACUGGCGCAAGUUCGAUGACGCGCUGAUGCGGCCCAUGUUUGGCGGCCGUGGGUUCGUGCCCUUCUCCCCCGGAUCGCCCACUGAUCAUGCCGGACGGUGAACACUGCCAAAAGAAGCAAAGAGUUUGGCACCAAGAGACGAACAAGACGUGGUUUUGGUGAGUGGAGUUUUUUGGCUGCUAAUGGUCAGAUGAUGAUGUUUUUGUGUUGCCGACAACUUCUGAUGAUGCGUUAGCAAUGGCGAGGAGGGGUCAAUUGGUUAUGAAGAAGAGCAAACCCUGGUAACUGGGGGUAUUGAGUUUGUGUAUGACAAGGCUGUAAAAUUUUGUAGAUAAAAACACCCAUUUGUAAUGUAUCUUCUUAUUGCAUGUAAGCUAGCCGGCCUGUACAACUACUCGUUUUGUCUGGAUGACCGAAAUUCUGUCAGACACCGGCCAAUCCACUUGUAUGUGCUGUCCGUUGCCUUGGGAGGCUAGGAGGUGGCCACCUCCACUGUAAUUUUAGUUUUCUUUUUCUCUGAUUUUGAAAUGGGCUUGGUGUGUAAGAUGAGCGUCUUUGAAAUGAAAGCUGGCCUAUGGCCCAUUACGAUUCUGAGUUA